AUGAUACCAGGAGGGCUGUCGGAGCCCUCCCUCACCACAGCUCGCUCAGCACUUCAAGUUCUCUUCACCGACACCAACGGAGCCAACUGGAAGAGAUCCGAUGGAUGGACGACUAGCGCAGACCCUUGCAAGUAUUUUGGCGUCACAUGUCGAGGCGACUCGGUUGUCGCCCUCCGGCUGCCGGCAAACAACCUGCAGGGGAGAAUUCCCAGCUCUCUCGCAACUCAACUCCCUCUCCUGGAACACCUUGACCUCUCCUCCAACCGCCUGCAAGGAUCCCUGCCCUCUCAGAUCGGCUCUUUCCCGCUGCUCGUCCAGCUCAAGCUCAGCAGGAAUCGACUGAGUGGAGCUGUACCUGACUUCUCCCAAGCUCACUUCCUCGCCGAGGUAUGA